UUUGCCGCGACUCGAGAUCUCAAGUGGUUUGAUGAUGGUUGCAGAAACCUCUGUGGAAGACCUUCUCAGAAGGCCUCUGUACGUUUAUGAUCUGCCGCAGGAGAUUCUUUCAACCUUGACCACCAAAAGCGGCGAUCAACCACUCGCACUCAGAGACGGCAGCGAUGAGACUUCCACCGAGCCGGACGAAGUAGUGCUGGAACAUGCAGUAGCCACGUCAAAUAGCUGUUCUCUCUGCAAAGUCACCUACGGCGAUGUGCAGGGACAGCGCGACCAUGUGCGGUCGGACCAUCACAAAUACAAUCUGAAAGUGCAACUCCGGGGCGGUCCGACGUUAGAUGAGGUGCAGUUCUCCAAGGCGGUUGGCGAGCUCGACGAGUCUAUAUCGGGGUCGGAGUCAUCCGAAGGAGAGAACGAGGAAGAGGAGACCCAGCUUACGGCGCUUCUGAAAAGACAGGCCAAGAUUUCCCAGGAAACGCAGGAGGAAGACGAGUCGCCCUCGAACAAGAGGUCCGGCGGCCGGCCUCCGCUGUUUUGGUUUUCGAGCUCUGCACUACCGUCCAACGUUUCGCUCGGUGUCUACCGGAGUUUGUUCUCUGAGGCUGAGCAGGAUGAGCCGCAGCAUCUCGUCGCUUCUCUCCAGAAAAAGCAACUUGUGCCUAUCAAUGCGCCCCGAAAUGGCGCCGACGAGCAAGCGAAACCGCCCGCCCCCAGUCCUCAUAUCUUCAUGUGCAUGAUUGGUGGCGGCCAUUUUGCCGCAAUGAUCGUGUCGUUGGCCCCCGAGAUUCAUCGACGACAAGGAGGCAUUGAAGACAGACAGGCCCGGGUGAUUGCGCACAAGACAUUCCAUCGAUAUACUACGCGAAGAAAGCAAGGUGGCUCGCAGUCGGCGAACGACGCUGCCAAGGGCGCCGCCCAUUCGGCGGGUUCCAGCCUGCGACGAUACAACGAAGCGGCGCUUGAGAAGGAGAUCCGAGAGCUGCUGUCUGAUUGGAAACAGCUGAUUGAUGAGGCAGAGUUGCUGUUUGUACGGGCUACCGGUAGCACGAACCGGAGGAUCCUGUUCGAGAAAUACGAGGGACAAAUGUUGAGGCAAAAUGACCCGCGGCUGAGAGGGUUCCCGUUCAGCACGCGUCGGGCCACCCAGGCCGAACUCAUGCGGUGCUUCAAGGAGCUCACUCGAGUUAAAGUGAGCCAGGUUGACGAGGCUGCCCUUGCAGCCGCGGCCGCCAAGGAACGCGAAGAGGAUUCCAAGCCGUCGACACCGCGACCGCAGCCGCAGAAGCCAAAGAUCUCGAAAGAGGAAGAGGAAGCUCUACUUCAUACCACGCAGAUCCAAGCCCUGAUCCGGCGCUCUAAGAUUCCCGCAUUGAUGACAUACCUAUCCAAGAAUUCCAUUCCUUCAUCCUUCCGGUUUCAACCCUCGGAUUCCCAGCAGAACUUCCGCUGUCCCACUGCACUUCACCUGGCGGCGAACCUCAACGCAUCGGCCAUGGUCCUCGCUCUUUUGACCAAGGCUGAUGCAGACCCGACGACAGUGACUUCCGAAGGGAGAACGGCUUUCGAGCUUGCCGGUGACCGUGCCACGCGGGACGCUUUUCGUAUCGCUCGCCAUGAGUUGGGAGAGUCCAAGUGGGACUGGGCCGCCGCAAAAGUCCCCUCACCCAUCUCCAAGGACGAUGUGACCCGACGAGCGGAGCAGGAGCGGAAGAGCGCAGAGGAGGAGGAAGCCAAUCGACGCAAGGCGGCGAUGGCCCGUCUGCAGAAAGAGGAGGCCGCCCGGGCAGCUGAACAGGCGUCCCGGAAGCCGGUCGGUAGGACCCUGGGGGCUGUUGAGAAGACCGCGCAGGAGAAGAGGGAGGAGGAGAUGCGCGGGAUGACGCCGGAGAUGCGGAUGCGACUGGAGAGAGAGCGUCGCGCGAGGGCGGCUGAAGAGCGGUUUCGACGGAUGCAGGGGGGGAGUUGACCUUUGGAAAGACGGACAGCAUGGUGUAGCGUUGCCAGUUACGAGAGCAUCUGAUACCUUUAAUUAUAGACGAAUGAUAUGCCGUG